AUGGAUAACAAACUAAAAUACAAAACCAACGAAAAUGGAACAAAAUAUGUUCCAAAAUACGACCUACAUGGUUGUACUAAAAAACAAGCAUGUAAAGAAGUAUAUAAUGUAAUCAUACAAUGUUUUGAACUCGAAAUAAGCUCAAUAACUUUCAUUACUGGCAGAGGAAAUCAUCAAAAUUUAAAUGGAGAACGAGCGGUGCUCUUCAAAAAUUUUCCAGUAUGGCUAAACGACCCAAAGAUAUCAAGCUUGAUUAAAGAUUGCAAACCUGGGGAUGGAUUUUACAAAGUUCUUCUUAACAUUGAGGAAAAUAAAAAUGCUAAGAAAAAUAAGAAAAGUAAGAAGGAUAAUAAGGCAAUUAAAGAAAUUAAGAAGAAUGUUAAAGAAAUUAAAGAAAUUAAGAAGGAUGUUAAGGAAAUUAAGGAAAAUAGGAAGAAUGUUAAGGAAAUUAAGAAAAAUAAGGAGAAGGUUAAGGAAAUUAAGGAAAAUAAGAUGGUUAAGAAAAAUAAGAGGAAGGUUAAGAAAAAUAAGAAGAAAGAUGAGGAAAUGAAUAGUGCUAAAAGUAUUGAGAGUGUGGAGGUGGCGAAUAUGGAGAAGAAAUAUGUUGAAAAGAACAAUUGCGUUAAGGAUGAACCGAAAAAGAGUAGUAUAUUUACGAAUGUAUUUGAACGAAUUUCUGUGUUAUUUCGAUCUGAACAAUUUUCUCCUCCUCCUUCACAACCUUCUUCAAAGAAUAAUGAAACUUCAACAGCAAAGCCAAUAAAGAAUACACAUUUUUCACAAUAUUAUUUUAAUACGUAUAAAGUUGUUAAAGACUUUGAAGGACAAGGUUUUACUAGAGGUCAAGCCAAGGCUAUUAUGAAAGCAGCAUUAACAGAUCUUCGUACAGAAAUGCAGAUGAUACGUAAAAAUAAUUUAAUUGAUCUAAAUUCAGAAAAUUCUCUGAUGCAAAGAGAAGUUACAUCAGUCUAUCAAAAAUUUCAAGAUGAUAUCGGUAAAAUGAAACAUUUCAUACAAUUAGAUAUAAAUAAUUAUAAAGCUGAUAUAAGAGAAGAACAAAAAAAAUUGGAAAUCAAGAUUCAAGAAAUUAAUAAUAAAUUUACUAUUACUUAUGGAGAUAUACGCACUGAUGUUGAAGCAUUAAAAUGGGAAACUACUAGGAUGGCAUUAAUGGGAAUCUUUGGAACAGCAGUUUUUGCUCUUGGUGUGAUGUUUUUUAUUUCCUAUAAAAAGUCAAAGGAAAUUUCAACCAUAAAAAACGCUAAAUCUAAUAAUGGAUCAGCUACAAAUGAAAUAUUAUUAAAUUAUUAA